UUUACCAAACUACUCACGAACAUACAACAUGUCAACUAAUCACAAAGACUCGGACGAUGAAGGGGCAGCAGCAUCAGCUGGACCUAAGAAGCAUCAUCUUACGUUGCUGGAAUUACAAAAACAAAAACUAGACAAGCUUUUAGAAAAGAUUGAUAAGCCCGUUCAUAUUCCUGAGCGACCUGGAAAAAAGACUGGCGCACCAAAGGAGCCUAAAAACUACGUGAAGAAUGUCCAAGGCUCCAGUGCUGGUGCAGGGAGUGGCGAGUUUCAUGUUUAUAGGGCUGGGCGUAGGCGAGAGUAUGCAAGAUUAAAGAAUAUGGAACUUGAGUCUAAACAGGAGAGAGAACAGCGUGAAUAUGAGGAAAGAAUGGAGGCAAAGCGAAGGGAAGACGAGGAAAAAACAGAAAGGAAUAGAGCCAAGCGACAAAGGAGGAAACAACGUGCGAAUAAUAACAAGCUCAGUAAAAGGAAGAAUACUAAUGACGAUGACGAUAACGAUGACAAUCAGGAGGAUGCCGGGUCAAAAA